AUUUCUUCAAAAUAGAGAUUAGAGAGUGGACUUCUGCUGAGAGUUAGAGAGAGAAAGAGAAACAGAGAAAUAAAGAGAGUGAGGGAAAUCGCCGCCGUUUGAGGUCGAAGAUGCUCCGGAAAUGUGGAGGGAGAUCGGAGACAGAGAAGCGGGCAAAAUUCGCCCAAAUGCGUUCGCGAAUCGCUUUAAGCGGAACCGAAUUGAGAGCCUCCAGUUAUCCAAUCACAAAGACAUCGUCUCCGCUCACCGAGGAUCCAUCAAUUCCCUUCAGGUUGAUUUGACAGAGGGACGAUACCUGCUAUCUGGCGCCUCGGACGCGUCCGUGGCUGCCUACGAUGUUCAGCGUCCGACGGAGUACGAAGGCAAUGGAAUCAUAGGGAAACACAAGUGCUUGUUCGUCGUCGACAGGACUCACGAGAGCGGUCAUCAAUAUGCCGUUUCUUCGGCCGUGUGGUAUCCUAUAGACACGGGGCUGUUUGUCACCGGUUCGUACGAUUACCAUAUCAACGUAUGGGAUACGAAUACCACGCAGGUUGUGACCAACUUUAAGAUGCCUGGGAAGGUUUAUAAGACUGCCAUGUCCUCUUUAGCGACCUCCCACAUGCUUAUCGCUGCUGGAACUGAAGAUGUUCAGGUUCGCCUCUGUGAUAUUGCCUCAGGGGCGUUAGCUCACACGCUCUCCGGUCACCGUGAUGGUGUGAUGACGGUUGAAUGGUCUAGUUCAAGCGAGUGGGUUUUGGUUACUGGGGGAUGCGAUGGUGCAAUUCGUUUUUGGGACAUCAGACGUGCUGGAUGUUUUCUCGUUUUGGAUCAGUCCCAAUCUCAGCUUGGCAGACGCCCUCCUAUACUUGAUCGCUCUGCCACUAAUAAGGUCUCUUCAUCCAAGUCCUCGUCACCAAGCCCAAAUUUGCCUGUGAAAGCCCGAGCAGCGCAAAGGAAACUUUCUAACGGCAGCAGUAUGAAACAAUCGCCUAUUGCUAAAAUUCCUGCCAAAGGACCCCUGAGGCAAAGAUUACAUCCUGGAAUGUUGUCUGCUCAGGAUCGUGCAACCGCUCAUUAUGGGGCGGUUACUGGGUUAAAAGUUACUGAAGAUGGCAUGCAUCUUCUAAGUGCAGGUUCUGAUUCAAGAUUGAGGCUGUGGGACGUUGAAUCCGGUCGCAAUACUCUAGUGAAUUUCGAGACCGUGCGCCUGCAAACCAGCAAGCCUAUGCAGUUAGCUACAAGUCAGAAUUCAGCCCUUGUUUUUGUUCCAUGCAUGACAACUGUGAAGGCAUUUGAUAUGUGGUCGGGUAGAACGGACCUGACAUUUCGUGGCCACUAUGAAUGUGUAAAUUGUUGCUACUUUAGUUUUCAGGAUCAGGAAUUGUAUACAGGUGGCAAUGAUAGACAAAUUCUUGUCUGGUCACCGUCCAGAUUGGUUUACGAUGAAAUGGAUGAAGGACCACAUCAGGACCAGGAUAAUUGGAGCGACUGAAAUUUGCUGCUGUUGCAACGUGGAUCUUCAUACUCCUGGAAGUAAAAGCCCUUCGAUAUAAAUUUUUGGAUUUAUAUCCAGGUGCUCCGGAGAAAUGUCCUUUGUCUAACACGUAAAAUAGAUUUUUUUUUGUUUCUCCUUCUCUCUCUCCCCAUGUCUUUGUCGCGUCUUGUAAAUAUACAUGUACUACCCAUUUUUUGUACGAUAGUUUCAUGUACGUAUUUUUUGUACGAUAGUUUGGUGUACCUAUUUUUUGUACGAUAGUUUGGUGUACCUAUUUUUUGUACGAUAGUUUCAUGUACUUCUAUAAUAAUAGAUUCUGGAUUAAACACCGUAACUUGCUACAGUUUUUAGUAUAAACUAGUGGGUUACCCGUGCAUUGCAUGGAUGUAUAUUUGUC